AUGAAGACGGCUGACGACAAACUUCGGUACAAAAACCAUUUUUUCAAACUUGGCCAAGGCAGAGUAAUUGCUGGCAACGACUCUGACUACUGGAAAGUACUAUGGACCGAACCAGACAACUCGGAUGAUAUCUUUGAACUUUUGACUUCGUACGAUAUCAGAACCAUCCGGGACCAGAACAGGGUUAACUACCUCGUUAUGAUCCAUGUUCUCUGUAAUCAAAUCAUAGCCACUGCUCGAGAUUCAGAGUUCCCCAGUCUGAAAUCGCCCCUUUCAAUUCGUCAAUUGCUCACAUGUAUCCGUUUGCUUGUAAAGCUUAUACCAUUUCUCUAUGAGAUACCAGAGUAUACUCAAGAGAUCGAGCCCAGAUUGUUCUGGGUAGAAAAUUUUGAUCCUUUGGUGUUUAUUAAACCCUCCACAUUUGCAUCGUUGUCCUCUUCGACAUCUCAGCCUUGUCUAACAAAGGAAUCUAUACAUAAUGUAACUGCUGUUCAGCUCAUGCGAGCACUAGUAGACUUGCUCUUUAUAAGAACUUUCACCAUAGACGCCCCCAGAUCCAAGUCCAACAAGAUUCUUAGCGUCUGGGAGCCUGGUAUCGGAACUUCCUCGAAGUAUUUAGCUCCGAACUUGAUCAUAGAUAGCAAUAGAGCGGAGGUGUUGAAGCUACUUCUCACCUUAUGUUCCAGCACUUUUUACAAUACACCUUCAGAAGUCGUUUCGGCUGGGUCCAAAUUCAUGACUUUGCUUGUCACUUCAACUCCACGUGUCGAGCUAUUGACUUUGGUGUGCUCGUUGACCAAUUUGGUUUGUAGGUCCACUAGAAGCUCUCCUGAAGAUAAUGCCUUGUCGUAUCCCAGCAAUAGUCAACUCACAGAAAUGAGACAUUUGACCGUAACCUACUCCAUUCAGUUACUCACAGCAAUGGUUGUGUACCCUCUUCCGUCACCGGAGAAGUUGGACUUCUUGAAAGAAACAGAGUUGAUAUCGACUUCAAAACCAGGUAACUUGGCUAGACUAUACAUGGGUAAGCUUCAUAAGGACCAAGAGCUUGUCUUCUUAAGCACGUACUUGAUCGCAAUUCUCAAGCUACCCGUAGUCACAUCAAAGGAUGUAGAAUCUUCCAAAUUCAAUAUUAUAAAGUCGGGAAACCAGCCCUCUCUCUGGGCUACAGAAGCCACCAUGUUGAUUUGGGAAUUAAUCCAAUGCAACAAGAAGUUCAAGACGUUGAUAUAUGAACAGAGUCUUCCAGAACUAUUGGUUGUUUUGUUCUAUUACAUUUUCGCCUUCCACAGCAAUGUUCAGCAUAAGAACUUGGUGAGAAUAUGUGCAUACUUGAUGUUGUACUGUUCAUCGGAUAAAAACUUGGACUCCAUCUUUGAGCCGAUGGAUCACAACUUAUAUGAACUGCUCCCAACCAAUUAUAAAACUAAUCCGGCUCCCACUACAACCAGGGACUUUCUCGUCACCCAGAUAUGUAAUUUACUCAUAUACAUGCAGACUCCACAAUCUACAUACACUUACGGGGCAACUCUUACUCCUUCUCCUUUGAUGGUCACUACGUUGGUGGAAAUACUUUACAACUUGAUUCCUCCAGUUGCCACCAAAAGCUUAGAAGCUACUAAUGACCCAGCCAAGAAAUUAACCAAUAGCAAUCCCAAUGGUGGUUUAUCAUAUUCCACCUGUUCCGUCAUCAACUUGUUGAUUGGAAAAUAUUCCUCGCGGACGUUUUUGCAAGAAAAGUCCAUUAACUCGGAUUUAUUAGCCCUUUUGAUAAGAGCCGUGUGUACAGCAGCCUUGAAGUAUCCGAAAUCAUCCAGAAUGCUAUUAUUCUCAAUUUUGAAAAAUGCUAAAGUAUACGAUCAGGUAUGGAAUACCAUCUACAGUUUCCGUACAGAGUAUUUCAACGGAAAUAAGUUGAAUAGAAUUGAUGAUGGAGAAGAAGAAAACGAAAACAUCUUGUCAGUUGUGAAUUCCAACAAUUCAGAAAGGUUCAAGCCUGAAUCGGAAACUACAGAUUCAGAAUCUCCGCAGACCCGUAAGAAUUCCAUGUUUGGCAUUGGCACCCCUCCCAUGACUAUCCCAGAAGAGUCGCAACAAUCUGAUGCGGAAGAAGAGCUUGAGGCUUCCUUAAGACCAAAACUUCCUACUGGAAUGUCUGAAAGAGCCAGAGAAAAAUUGCCCAAAGAAAGUUCUCUCAAGAGAUCAUGGGGAGGGAACGAUUCUCUUCGAAUCUUGCUAACCAUUGUUAUUCCUUACUUGAAAGUUGUUUUGAAAGAAAUAUGGUCAAGCAAAGAUGGUCCUACUGUGGAUAGCUACUUAUUGGUUGAGCAUAUUGAGAAGGCGGACUUUGAUGAUUUGCUCGAACGAAGCAAGACCCAGAUCAACUAUGAUUUUCUUCCCGAUAAGCCACUUGAUAAGUUGAAAUUCAACUGGAGUCAUCUUUCAUUGGGUUGGUACAUUUCGUUACUAGGUGGAGCAGUUUAUAACUCGGUCGACAGUGUUAAAACGUACACGGGAAACAACAACAAGAUUAUGAAGAACAUCACCACCUCCAUAGCAUCUGUUAGUAAAUUGACUUCGAGCUGGACUGGAUUCAUGAAGCAUUCUACUACUGCCUAUUCAGCCAACGAUUCUGCCGAAGUUGCAGAAUGGGUUAAAUCGUCAUUGACUGCAGUCAAUCAAUGGAAUCAUACGGACGUGAAGCUUUUCAAGAUUGAAACUUCCAGCGGCAGUUUCUUUGGAAAAUUAGGUUCAGUCAAUGAGGCUGUGCCUGGAACUCCUGGUGGAGUUAAUGACAUGGCGAAUCUGAUUGUAAGAAGAUUGAGUGACUUCCGGUUAAACAACAGUAGCAGAGGAAGUAUUAGCUCAGUGCACUCAGGAUUAACAACUCCAGUAGAGGAGCAGGAACAGUAUUUCCCCAAAUUUAGUGCCAGAAACUCCAUCACGAGUCUUCACUCUCUCAACGCUAUCAAUAGAUCAAGAAGUGCAACUCCUAGAAACUCAAUGAGUAAUUGA